GGACACUGUGGAAUAUGAAGAGUUGUCUGCCUGAGGCACGUCAGUCCCAGACCCUCAACGCUGUGGUGGCCUCCUUGUCACACUGCCUGGAUUUGGACGCAGGUGUGCUGAUUCCUGAACUCCGACAAGCAGAAGAGGUUAAUCAGGGAAACACAGACCAUGUAACGAACGUAGAAGAACAGGCAGUUGUGCCRAUGGUUGAGGAGGAGAUGGAUGAAGAGGAAGAACCCAAAAAGAUGAAGAAUGGCAAAACUGUGACGAUUGAUACGGACUUCUCAGACCUCCUUCCUAGGGGUAAGGAGGAGCUGCGGGAAGCGGUGACCUUGCUGACAGCCCAGCAAACGUCCUUAGAGAUCAUUGUCAACAUGUGCUGCUCUGACGACCCUUCUGAUGAUGAGUGGGAGGAGGAAUCGAGCAGCGAUGAGAGCGACCUGGGUCCUGAUGGCCUCUGUGAUGGAGUCUGCAAUCUGAUGUCUCCUCUGUGUUUGUCAGCUGAGGUUCAAGGAGCUUUGAUCAACCACAGCAUUCCAGAAAAGGUUCUCAAAAAGACAGGAUUCCCCAGACAGGAAGCCAUUAAUGUGUGUCAAGAGGAUCCGUCCUGGAGAGGCCUGACUAAGAGGAUGCAGCGUGUUCAGUCCCGAGCGCUGACGUGCCUCCACAGCAUCCUGUCCACUAUGGAUGCUGAGUCUCUGGGUGGAGCAGCAGCCCUGCAGGGAGCAGCGCAGCACCUGUCCACGCUGGUCUUCGGGGCUGAAGAGAUGCCCAAGGAUGUAGAGUUUUUUGAGGCAGUCAUUAGUGCCAUGCGGUCUCUCCUGCAGAUGAUUGCCUCCAAAAACAUUGCCCAGUGCAUGACUCCUCAGCAGCUGAUGAGCCUGAGUGAAGCAGCAACACGCUGCGAUGUCAUCAGUGUCAGGGUCAAUGCCGUCGCCAUCCUGGGCAUCACUGGAAGCACUUUAGCUAAAGAAAAAGAUUCAGCAGAAAUCCUUCAGCUGAUCGGGAACGCCUUACUUCAAGUUGCCACAAAGGAUGCAGACCUGGUCGUGAAUGGAGAAGCUCUUGAUGCUUUGUUUGAUGUGUUUGCGGAUGGAGAGGAGGCAAAGUUAGCUGCUAAAAACAUUGGUUUACUGCCAGCGCUUAAGGCACUUCAGCCAGUCUUCAAGACUAAGAUACGUAAAGAAGGAAAAGGAAAAUACAGCCCUCAGCAGCUCUGUGUGCUGGACAACAUCAAAAUCAACCUGAGAAGAUUUAUUUCUUACCUGGAAAAGAUGGUGAAAAAAUAAAGACUUUGUGUUUUUCUCACUGUGAUCACUUUAAAAGUGUGUCUAACACAGUAUGGGGCAAAAAAUGACUGUGUUGCAGUCAAUUAUUUAUGAUUAUUUACUUUAAAUAAUGGUUUACAAUUUUUYUUUAACAAUGUUGAAGUUUAAGACAGAGAGGUUUUAGUCCGUAGUUCGUGCAUUUAUCUAACAAUGACCCAGACUUUUGUAUAUUUUAAUGAAAUUUCAACAUUAUCAAGUGAAACAACUAAAUCAGGUGAACAAACUUCAACUUUUCUCAUAAGUACUCAUGUUCUCUAGUGUUUGGAUUUACAUUGAUGCUUUGUUUUUGUGCAAAAAGGAUCAGUCCUGGACAAAAACCCCUUAUUUCAUUAACCUUUUACAUGUAAGUUGUCACUUUUUGGAGAAAUGAGGCGCACAAAAAUAUGGUGUUCUGUGUCAGUUUUUCCCAACUCAAUUUUAAAAAGUUUAUUUUUCACAAAAGUGAAAGUUAUUUCAGGAACUCUUAACAGGAUGUAAAUGCUGUUGUUGAAAAUGAUUUUUAAAGUUUGUUAAUAAAAGCAAACAUAAUUCAAAGUUCCUGAAGGUACAGUACAAAUAAUGACCUAAAAAAUUAUUCUUAAAAUUAAUCAAUUUUUGAGUUUUUUGUGGAUUAUGGUGAAGUAAGCAAUUCACCAAAAAUGUAAUUGUUUGCUAAUAAACUGAAUCCUAAAAAUAUUAAUCUUUCUAUUUGUCUGGAAUAAAACAACACAUGUUAAAAAGUAGCUUACAAAAAGUGAGAUUUAUUGAACUUGCUGGGGGAAAGAAACUUCUUAUGUAUAUUGGCUAAAUACAUUUUUAUGAAAUGGUCAUAGAAUUGUGAUCUAUGAUGUAAUCCAUGUGUUUAAAGGUGAUCGAUUGUGCAUGCCUGUGUUGCAUCAGUUUUGCAACUAGUGAUAGGAUCAACAGUUCAUUUUAGUGUACUGUGUCAGAAUCAAUUCAUUAAAAUGAUUUGUGUCUUUUUUUUUUCA